AUGGCACAUGAUAUUAUGAGUCAAUUCUACACCUGUUUAAAUUUACCAUUACAAGAAAAAAUUGUAGAGCUCACUAGACUUGUUGAUCAAUCCGGUCCCAAUAAAGAUUUGCAAGCUCUGUUUCCACAGCUUGUAAGUAGUAUAUUUGCUCCUCAAAAUGGCUGGGGCUUAAGACAAAUUACUUUUGAAGCCAACAGAUAUGAGUUUGAAUCUCUACUAAGUUUCUUAGAACCACAGGGACCAAUGUUUCGUUUGUGUUAUAAAUUGUUAUAUGAUCCUCAAUUGAAAUACAAUUUACCAUUAAAUAGUUUACCUUUAGAUUUGCAGAUAACUUUAGAAAGGGGUAGGUGCCCUCAAUUUUAUGCAGAUAUGUUAACAAUGGAUUCCCAGUCCAUGAAUAUUGUUGCAUUGGCAUUGAAUCCUUUUGAUUACUACAUUUUCAAUUUUGCAAUACACUUAAUAAACAAUAAUCAAAACAAAGGCUCUUGGGACAAUUGGAAUAGUGUGUAUUUUGCAUUAGCAUGUGACUAUCUUAUGCAUUUCCUUCCUUCCGAUCCCAAUGUUUCUGUUUUGCCACAUAUUCCACAUUACACUGGAAAGGUUCCAAUGGCUGCACCUUUACAAACAGCAAACAGACCACUGAGUACACCAUCAUUGUUAGUACUACCUGAUCUAUCAGGCAUAAGUAAUCAACAUACAUCUGCACAAACACAAGCAAGGAAUGAAGUUUGGAGGUCUGAAACUGUUUUGCAGAUAUUUAUAGAUUUGUGGAUGAAUGUAGAACAGUUCAAUAAUAGAAAUAUUGAACUUUUACAGAGAAACUAUUCAAUUGCCUGCUCAAGUCCAGAAAGAGUGCGGAUUGUGAGGGUAUUGGUAAAACAUAUACAUUCAUUCUCAGCAAAAUAUAAUUCUGACCCAGCUAUCAGAUCCUCAACCCUUCGUAAAUAUGCAAGACAAAUCAUGUGUGCAAGGGCCUAUCAUUAUGUGAAGCAUUUGGUUAUGACUUGGCCUCUAGAUGCCUCUUUUAGGCUUGUGAUGGAAUUGUGGUUGAGUCUUAUUCAACCAUGGAGAUACACAGACAAUACCAUAACUCAAGACAGGUUUCCAACUUCUCAAAGACAACAAGAAGAGACAAAUGCUUCGCUAGAUGCUAGCUUUACACAAUUUAUAGCCGAAAACUUUCCCUCAUACACCUGCAUUUUUCAAUUGAUUUUACCGAGAUUUAUGAGAUUGGAUCUAUCAAGUUAUAAAAAUGCUGUUAUGUUAUUUCGAGUUGGAAAGGUUUUUUCACAACAACAUCUUGUUCCUAUAUUACUGAAUUUGGAGAAAGCCAUUACAGAUAAUGUGUCUGGAAUACAAAGUCUUGACAACAGUAGUACAAAUAUUGAUCAAAGUUACACUUACAAUGGGCUUGCAUUAAAUAAAUGGGUAGCCAUCGCAAAACAAGCGAUUUCGGAAUUAAAUAUGGCGGCUACUUUUGAAUAUGAUCCGAUUUGGAGUGAAAAUAAAAAGCAAUUUAUGUUGGAAUUUGUCAAAAGAAUUCUCUCUGCAAAACAUACUGCUGAUAAAAAUUUUGAAAACUAUUCUGCUAAGUUGAAUCAACAAAAUCAAGGUUAUUGGAGUUCCUUAAAACAUUGGCUUAUGAUAGGAAACACUGAAGAAGAAGCAGCAUUGCUGGAAGAAUAUAAAAAAGUUCCUAACUAUCUGAAUAGUUCUAUUCAUUACUUUACAAAUAUUUUUGGACUCAACGAAAACAUGCUACUGCCAUUAGAAACUGAAUUGCUGGACAAUUCAAUCGAACAUUCUUCAUUUGCAAAUUCAAACAACUUUACACUGUCUAUCGCACAAAAACUUCGUAAUAAACCAACUGGAGUUCAAUAUAUGGGAGACCCUGACCUCAUGCCCAUCAUGACCUUUGAGAAUACAAUAUUAGUAAGAAUAUUGUAUCAAAUAGCUUCCAGACUAAAUGAAAUGUAUGGAGAAGAAUUUUCAAGACUAUGGAGGAGAGAUGACUAUUUGGGAUAUGUUUCGCGUGAAAUAUUACAAAAGCCUAUCACCAUACACAGAUAUGUUAAAGAUGCAAGCUAUCAUCAAAAUAUUGUUAAUCAAGAAUUGCCUCCAAGGCUAUCACUGAGACGUCUCGGAUCACACAUGUUCGUGGUGUGGAUUUGUUUAGGCUAUAUUUUGUUUAGAAUGAUGUCGUACAGUGGUAUCACAUAUUUUGUAUUCCUUAUUAUGUUAUGGUCCAUUUUUGUAUUAUCAAAGGCAUCAUUGAAAAUUAUGAAAAUCAUAAAAGAUUAAUGAAAAGUAAAAAAUAAAAAUAUUUUUUUUUACAUUUUA